AUGGUGCUCCUCACAAUGACGCCGUCCAUCGUCGACGGCCUGCACAAGCUCGAAGCGGGCGCCGAGCAUCACCCUGCAGAGCCCGCAGACGCAGGCGAGCCCUCCCUCGCGAACCCUGCUGUCGGCAAGCCCAUCUCCCACGGCCAGAUCGUCGACCUCUGGCGGCGGCGGCCGUCGUCGAGCCUCGAACAACUCCUCCUAGGCGCCCGCGUCUACGUGCCCCCUCCGCCGCCCAAGCCCGAACCGUCCGACGAAUACAAGGCCCUCAUGGCGCGUCUCCGCCGCGACGAGGCGGCCCGCGCGUACGAGCGCAUGGUCAACCCGCCGCCGCGGCACGAGACGUUCGACCAGCGCUUCCCGCACGCCGCGAGCAGCUUUGCCGAGGCCAACCGCGUGGCCCGCGCCGCGGACCUGGGCGACGACGACGUCACGUACAGCGAGGUGCACCGGCAGGUGAUGCUCAUCGUCAACUUCCUCGCCAGCAUCCUCGGCGUCGCGGCCACGCUCUGGGUCACGGCGCGCUGGUGGAGCCUGCCGGCGCGCAUCUUCCUGACGCUCGGCGGCAGCAUCGUCGUCGCCGUCGCCGAGGUCGGCGUCUACCAGGGCUACGUGUGGCGGAUGGGGCAGGCCAAGACGAGGCAAAAGGCCGUCCGCGAGGUCAAGGAGGUGGUGCAGACGUGGGUCGUGGCAAAGGACGAGGAGCCGCUGCGCAUAGACGGCAAGGGAGACGACGCCGACGGCGUGCGGAGACGAGCGCCGGCCCGGUCGGAUACAUAG